AUGGGGGACGCAAUGCAAGUGGAUGGUCCCUCCACAGCUGGAGUGAAGCGGAAGGCCGACGACGACCCAGAUGGCCCACGCCCAGCUCGUAGAAUCCGGGCGCUAGAUCCAGAUGUGGUCAACAAAAUAGCGGCAGGCGAAAUCAUUGUCGCACCGGUUCACGCCCUCAAAGAGCUCAUUGAAAAUGCUGUAGACGCAGGCUCAACAUCUCUUGAGAUUCUUGUCAAAGACGGUGGACUGAAGCUAUUGCAGAUCACUGAUAAUGGCAGCGGUAUCCAGAAAGAAGACUUGGCGAUCCUGUGCGAGCGCCAUACCACUUCAAAGAUAUCCUCUUUCGAUGAUCUUGCGUCUAUCGGCACAUAUGGCUUUCGCGGCGAGGCAUUGGCAAGCAUCAGCCACAUUGCCCAUCUGACGGUGACUACUAAAACUAAGGAUUCCAGUCUCGCUUGGAGGGCCUACUACAUUGACGGGAAGCUGGCGCCUCCCAAGCCAGGCCAGUCUGCUGAGCCGAAGGGUGUCGCAGGUCGCCCUGGGACCCAGAUUACAGUCGAGGACCUAUUUUACAGCAUCCCCACUCGCCGAAGGGCUUUCCGGUCUACGGCAGACGAGUUCAACAAAAUCAUCGAGAUGGUUGGAAGAUAUGCGAUCCACUGCGACGGUGUUGGCUUUACCUGCAAGAAAGCUGGCGAGUCGUCCAACAGCCUUUCAAUCCAAGCCCAAGCCACUGUCAAUGACCGUAUCCGCCAGAUUUACGGGAGCGCCGUUGCAAACGAGCUCAUUAGUUUUGACGUCUCAGAUUCGAGAUGGGGAUUUAGGGCUGACGGAUUCGCAUCAAACGCCAAUUACAAUAUCAAGAAGACGACAUUUCUUCUCUUCAUCAACCACCGAAGUGUUGAAUCAUCCGUAAUUAAAAAGGCAUUGGAGCAAACAUACGCCAGCUUCUUGCCAAAAGGAGGCCACCCUUUCAUUUAUCUAAAUCUAGCGAUCGAUCCGGCCAGGGUUGAUGUCAACGUACAUCCGACCAAGAGAGAGGUGCACUUCUUGAACGAAGACGAGGUCAUCCAGGAAAUAUGCAAGCAUAUAGAAACAAAGCUCGCUGCGGUAGAUACGAGCCGGACCUUUAUGGCACAGACUCUACUACCGGGAGCGCCAAAGCCAGUAACAGAUCUGGACACCGAUGAUGGCUCGGCGAAGCCCUCUACAGCUAUCGGCAAGCGACCCGUGAGAAAUCCAAAUUCCCUGAUAAGAACAGACACGGCAGAGCGCAAGAUCACCAGCAUGUUCUCUCAAACCACUGGCGGCAGCUUCCAAUCCAAAACAACUAAUCGCGAAGACGAACUGUUGGCUGUGCCUGAAAAUAUCGAAUAUGAGAUGACUGAUCGUUCGCACACGACAUGUAAAUUAAAAAGUGUCAAAGAUCUACGAGCGGAUGUACGGGAAGAUAUUCAUACUGAACUCACGGAAAUAUUUGCGUCACAUACAUUCGUCGGGAUUGUUGACGAGCGACGUCGCCUAGCGGCAAUCCAGGGUGGUGUCAAGCUCUAUCUGAUUGAUUAUGGUCGAACAUGCUACGAAUAUUUUUACCAGUUAGGCUUGACUGAUUUUGGGAAUUUUGGUGCAAUUCAGUUCAACCCGCCUCUCAACCUCCUCGAACUGUUGCGCAUGGCUGCCGAGGCAGAGAAGGAAGCUUUGGGUGCCUCGGAUGAGGAGUUUGAUGUAACGGCCAUCACUAAAAGGGUCUGUGAGCAGCUAAUUGAACGCCGCGAGAUGCUUCUGGAAUAUUUCUCCCUCGAGAUCUCUCCCACGGGCGACCUAGUCUCUAUUCCACUUCUUGUCAAAGGCUACACACCACCAUUAGCAAAGCUCCCACGCUUUCUCCUACACCUAGGUCCCAGCGUCGAGUGGAACGAAGAAGUUGGCUGUUUCCGAACCUUCUUAAGAGAACUGGCCACCUUUUAUGCUCCCGAGCAGCUUCCUACCUUGCCAGGGGGUGAAGGCGGCCAGCGAGACGAGGAUAUACCACCCGAGACUCGCACCAGGAGACAGCAUGUACGGUGGGCGGUUGAGCAUUUGUUUUUCCCAGCGUUUAAGGCGAGACUAGUCGCCACAAAGUCACUUAUGGAUGGGGGCGUUCUUGAAGUUGCGAAUUUGAAAGGUUUGUAUCGGGUUUUCGAAAGAUGUUAA